GAGAUAUCUAGUAAUCCAAUAAGCCGGGGUAUUUAUAAAUCUCCGAUUAAAACGAUUAGAUUGUAAAAAAGUUCCGCUUUUACGAAGAAAAAGAAGAAGAAAGGUAAGGAAUGAAGGAAUUUUAAUUCGAGCAAGAUAGGACGUAAAAUGAUAUGAUAGAAGAAAGAAGAAAGGGUUGACAGGAGAGAGAAAGAGAGAGGAGCAUUUGUAGGGUUGGAGGGGAGAAGAGUCUUUUUCUCUUUCUCUACUAUAGAAGAGAGAGAAAUUUAUAUAUACGAGGAGCUCGUGGUCGUGCAAGUCAUUGUGAAUCUCGUGUUCGCUGAUGUAACGUCUCUCGUAUAGGGAUAUUGCAUGGUCUAAUCGACUACUCGUUCGAUUCGUCGUCUUCUCUUAGUGCCGAAGAAGAAGAAAAAGAAGGAGGAGGAGGAGAAGAAGGAGAAAGAAACGACGAAUAAAAAGGGUUCGAAAAGUCGAUCGAAGGUCGACGAUUUCUCGACGAAAGCGGAUCUCUAGAAGAAGAAGAGGAAAGAAGAGGAAGAAAGCUUCGCAAAAGAGUAAGAUGAACAAAAUAACGAAGGGGAUAGAUCAUCGUUGGCAAACCGGAUUGCCGGAAGUCAUCUGAAUUCGAUGAAAUAUUCGACUAAAGUGUGAAUCGCAGGAUCGUUCAAAAUUCAAAGAGAAUAGAGGAUAACUUGGAGAAAAAAUCUAAAAAAUCCAAGUCCCUUAAGAAGAUCGAAAUCUAUAUUUCAAAUUCAUCUGAGAAAAAAGGUAUCCGAGUUUUUUGAUAGAAGUCAGAAAAAUGAUUUUCCUACGUUACAUCUGCUUCUUAACGUUGUUAGUUACUGUAUGGGCGGAUUUCAACGUUUCGACGCAUGAUCUUAAAGUAUUACUUUAUCAAAAGGAAGCUUUUACCGUAUACUCGACGAAAGCCGUAACAGAGAACGUAACGGUAAGCAUAGAUAUACAGCACAAAGAUUUAAUUUCGGUCGAGCCGUCCGAAUUUAAUGUUACAAAUGAUACGUGGAAAGUACCAACCAAGAUAUACGUAACAGGUAUUGCUGCUGGACAUUCAACUCUCAAUCUGAAUGUUGUAUCUUCGAAUGCUGCACAUUUUUCGGAAGCAUUCGUUAGAGUGACGGUGGAAAAAUCGGAUACGAUUUAUCACGUUAGCGUCGUAGUCGGAUGGAUAUAUUUCUUGGCAUGGAGCAUAAGCUUUUAUCCACAGAUAUAUAGCAAUUACAAACGCAAAAGCGUCGUAGGUCUUAACUUUGACUACUUGUCGCUUAAUAUCGUUGGAUUUAUUAUGUAUGCAUUGUUUAAUUGUUGCUUGUUCUGGAUACCAGAAAUAGAGCAAGAGUAUUUUAAUAGGUAUCCAAAGGGAUUGAAUCCUGUGCAAGUUAACGAUAUAUUUUUCUCUCUACAUGCAGUAUUUGCCACUGUGAUAACUAUCAUCCAAUGUUUUAUAUAUGAGACUGGUUCUCAAAGAGUGUCCACGACAGCGCGUAUCAUUCAUGCGAUAUUCGCGAUAUUUAUAUUCACCUCUAUGUUACUGGCCAUAACGGUAGUAAUUGCAUGGCUCGACUUUUUGUACUACUGCAGUUAUGUCAAACUGUGUAUAACUCUUAUAAAAUACGUGCCACAAGCGUUUUAUAACUACCGAAGGAAGUCCACCGUUGGUUGGAGUAUUGGAAAUAUAUUUUUAGAUUUCACCGGUGGCAUACUGUCGAUGCUACAGAUGAUAUUGAAUGCGUAUAAUUACGACGACUGGGAGAGCAUUUUCGGAGAUCCAACUAAAUUUGGACUUGGAUUCUUUUCCGUAGCAUUCGAUGUGUUUUUCAUUAUACAACAUUAUGUUUUAUACAGAUUUAUCAGUGAAAAAGAAAUCGACCUGAAUGGCAAAGUAUAAGCAACAUCUAUCAACGACAUAUUUUUAGCAUCAUCCAAUAAACAUCCAUUAUUUCUUUCAAUAAAAUAAAAGAUCGAACCAUUAAAUAAUUUACAUAGUUAAAAUAAUGAAUGUAAUUUAACGAUCCUAACAAUGGAAAUGCCUGAGCUAUAAGAAAGCAAAAAUCUUUUUUUGAUACAGUAGAACUCAUCUUAUUUAUUUUUGUGUUAGUAUUAUAUGACUGCAUAUAAACGAAACGUGAAAGUAUUUUGAUUAUAAAUACGUAUGAUAUUAACACAGUAUUAUAUUGUAGAUAUUAAAGAAACUCUUAAUAGAGGGUUUUUUUUUUGUAUUUGAGGAACGAUGAAGUGAUGUUUUUUAAGAUAAAUAAUAUAAAAGAAAAUGAUAUACAAAUACCUAAUAUAUACGUACACACGCACGCGCGCACGCACACACUUAAUACGUUCGCAAGAACAUUAAACUCUAAAUCUCCACUAUAGUAUAAUAUGAUGUAUUUGUUCACGAUUAUGGAGAUGACUACUUACAAUUAGUUUAAAAAUUAGAUUAAAGUUUGAAUAAAUCGAGAAUUGUUAAGUAUACGCGAUCAAAUGUUUUUCUAUACUUUAUAUUAAUUUUUGCUUUGUUCUGUUUUGGAAAAAUUCUAUUUUGUACAUUUAUAACGAAAUAAGUAAAAUAAAAACCAACAUAUAUGUCCCAAGCAUAUUCCCUAUUUAUUCAAAACCGUUAAGAAAAAAUGGUAACAGUAUAACGAUAUACGACUAUUUAUCUAGUCUUUAAAAAAAAAAUCUAACAUCUGUUUAAUGUUAUGUUUGUGUGAUAUGCAUGCCGCAUGUAUAUAUUUAGCAUGUUUGUGUUACAAUUUUCAUUUUAUAGAGCCGUAAUUAAAAAUUAUUUAGUAAUAUUUUUUACAAUUUGUCCAAAGAGCGAAAAAUUUAUAUAUUAAAAAAAAAAAAACAAAACAAAAAA